AAGGCGAGUAUGGCUUUCCUGAGUCAUCUCUGCACGUGUGUUCUCCCAUUUGUCUUGACCGCUAAGUAGCUGCGUUCCUGGAAACAGGAACUGGGUACCUAGUGCGCCUCGGGUAGUGGUGGAAGGGAAAGGUUAAGGCUGAAACUUCGGAGAAGGAGCGUCCUCUUUUGAAGUGACUUCGCAGCGUGCGGUUGGGGCCUGCGAGGUGCGCCGAGGGUCUGCGAGGUCCGCCCGCGCUUGCGCGGCUGCUGGUCUCGGGCACCACACGUGGGUGCAGCGCGCUACCCAGGCUGAGCUGGUGGGCGCGGGCUGCGAGCCCAGUCCUCCGCCCCGGCCCCGGGAUGCGCGCCCUCCGUGCUGUGCUUGGUCUGUUGCUCCUGGGGGCGCUCCGAGCCUUCCCGCAGAGGCGAGCCCCUGAGAAUGACUGUCUUGGAGACCUCAGCCGCUACUAUGACAAGGCUGCCGGGAAGUGCUGUCACCGCUGCCGUGAGGGGUAUUCCCCGAAGCAGCUGUGCCCAGAGGGGUCCCACCACUGCGAGAGGCAGUGUCUGCACGAUUAUUACUUGGACAUCAAUGACCGCUGCACGGCUUGUGUGAGCUGUUCUGGAGACCUCGUGGAGAAGAAGCCAUGCUCAAGGAACUCCUCCCGCGUCUGUGAGUGCCGGGCCGGCAUGUUCUGUGGCACGUCAGUCGUCAACUCCUGUGCCCGCUGCAUCCCCCAUUCUAUCUGCCCAGCAGGGAUGGUUGUCAAGUUGCAGGGCACAGCACAGAGGGACACCAUCUGUGAGCCGGCUUCUCGAGGGGCCAGCCCCAACUGCAGCACCAGCCUGCAGGACUGCAAAGGCCCCACCAGUGGCGCCAUCUCCCAGGCCAAGCCCACCCUGACCUCCCCAGCAAGCCCUAGUGCCAGGACCAUGCUUCUUGGAGGGGGCAUCCCCCUCACCCCAGAAGAUGCUUCUAAAAUGACUCCCAACUCCAGCUCCUUCGUGGGGAAGCUCAAUCCAGAUCCAGGGCUGACCCCGCAGCCCCCAUGCCCUCAGGGGUCUGCUGACUGCAGGAAGCAGUGUAACCACGACUACUACCUGGACAGGGAUGGUCGCUGCAAGGCCUGUGUGACAUGUUCAGGAGAUGGCCUCGUGGAGAAGACUCCUUGCACAUGGAACUCCUCCCGCGUCUGUGAGUGUCAGCCUGGUAUGUUCUGUGCCACGCCGGUGACCAAUUCCUGUGCCCGCUGUGUCACCCGCCCCAACUGCCCACCAGGGACGCUCACCAAGCUCCAGGGUAUGGCUGAGACAGGCACCACCUCCCAGGCUGAGCCAUCUCCAGCAGGGAGCCCUCCUGACUGCAGCACCAGCCCGGAGGACCGUGGGGCACCUGCCAGCCCCACCCCCUCCUUGGUCUCCCUGGCCGACUCCCUGACUGGUAAGGAGCAUGGAGGGGGUGUCACCCACGCCUGGGAGGACAUCCCAAUCUCAACCAGUGCUCCCAUCUCCUUCUCCUCCACGGGAAAGCCGGCUCUGGUUUCAGGACCUGUGCUUUUCUGGGUGAUUCUGAUACUGGUGGUGGUCGUCAGCUUCAGCUCCUUCGUCCUGUGCCACCGGAGGGCCUGUAGGAAGUGGAUUGGACAGAAGCUGCAUCUGUGCUACCCAGUCCAGACCUUCCGGCCCACGCUGGAGCCUGUGGAUUCCAAGCCCGGGAGGAACCCGAUACUGACCAAGAGCAUAUCAGUGGCAGACCCAGGCAAUGAGGAGCAGGGUUUACUGAGCCGCCCAGCUGUGGAGACCUGCCUGGAGAGCCUGCGGCUGCUGGAGGCCAGCCCAGUCAGCAACCCCCCAUCCCCCACAGACCUACCUGAACCCCGAGGGACCAUGGAGCACACCAACAACAGGAUUGAGAACAUCUACAUCAUGAAAGCUGACACCGUGAUUGUGGGGACCGUGAAGGCCGAGGUGCCUGAGGGCCAAGGCCCAGCGGGGCCAGCCGGGCCCGAGCUGGAGGAGGAGCUGGAGACGGACUAUGCCUCCCACUACCCGGAGCAGGAGACGGAGCCACCGCUGGGCAGCUGUGGGGACGUUAUGUUCUCGGUGGAGGAAGAAGGGAAGGAGGAUCCCUUGCCCACGACCGUCUCUGAGAAAUGAGGGCUGGGCUGGGGCUGAGAGGGCAGCUGGGUGCCUCUGGAAGGCCACAGUGCCCCUGGUGGCACCCCGCGGGUGGCAGAGGCCUGUCUGGCCUGAAGUGAGAUUCCCAGCAUCCAGUGGUGGACCCAGCCUGUCUAUACGGGAGGUCCCGCUGUUCUAUACUUGUAUCCCCACCCAGCUGCCUCCCAACCCAGACCUUGGGGAGUCUCUGCUUGUGCGGCAGAGACAACCAAGGGGCUGGAUCUGAAUGACCAGGAGGGCCUGGGCCCCGUGCCUUCUCCUGCUGCCAAGAAGAUGCCCCAGAGUCCUGGGUAUCAAACACACACACCAAGCAGAGGCUGAGGCCACGAGGCACAUCUCCCCCGCCCCCAGACCCCACUUUCUCCAUCACUCUGGCCUCAGGAGUGAUGCCCUCCAGGCCUCACUGCUGUGCCAGCCACCCCUAGUUACUGUGAGUGGCCCUGCGGACAUGGAGCCAAUGCCUAUACUUGUUUCUCCUAAAUCAGAAGGGAAGUCAAGUAAUGGGGUGUUGUCCGCUUGCCUCAUCUUGGCCGCAGCCACAGUGCUGCGCUCUGUGCGGACGUGAGUCCCCAGUCUGGCCUCCAGCCCUGCCUGGGCCACUGGGACCCUCCUAGUCUUGCCAGUCUGUCAGAGUUCUGCAGUCUGUUCCACAGUGGGCCCACGGCCCAGGGCAUGUCACUGUCCCCGAAGCAAGAGACAUCUGGGACCCAGCUACCUGAAGAUUCUCAGCAGCCAUGGCGCCCUGGCCUAGACGGAGGCCCUGCCCACCCAGCUGCUGCCUGGAGAAGGGCCCUGCUCUGCUUCACCCAGGGGGCUUCCUUGCUAAAUGAAGAAGGGGAACUGUGGGCCCUUCCUGGGUUCUUGCCUGCUCUGUGGGGACCAUGUGCUCUGUCUUGGGUCAUGAAGAUACAUCCUUCCCAGACCUGCCAGGUAUACACAGAUCCUGAUGGUCCCAGGCCCAGCCUCGGGCUCCAGCCGCUCAGCGCCUGUGAUGGAGACUGGGUGUAUGUGCUCCGUCAUGUCCGAGUCUUUGCGAUCCCAUGGACCCCACAAGGUGUGACACCACCAGGUUCCUCUGUCUGUGGGAUUCUCCAGGCAAGACUACUGGAGUGGGUUGCCAUUUCCUCCUCCAGGGGACCUUCCCCACCCAGGGAUUGAACCCCCAUCUCCUGCAGCUCCUGCCUUAGCAGGUGGAUUCUUUACCGUUGAGCCACUUGGGAAGCCCUAAAGGCGAUUUGGGUGUACAUGCUCACGUGGAUGUCAAAAAGCUCCCUGGUCUCACCCAGACAUUCUGCCAGAAAACAAAGAACAUUUUGUGGUUCAAUCUGGACUUCAGGAUUUUUGCGUUUCACAGUAAAGAUCCAGUGCCCUGACGUGGGGCUGCGGCAUCCUGCUCUCCUUGGGGCUCUCAGACUCAAGUCAACAAACAAACAGCCUUGGAAAAGGAGUGUGGGCAGAUGAUAAGUCUGCCGUGGCCCCGGGAUGCACAGUCCGGGCAGCCUGAAGGCUGUUGGAAUUACCCUCUGGAAGGCAGGCCAGGGAAAGCUGCUGUUUACUCACCAGCCCACUCAGUCUCUGGAGGAAGUUGAGGCUGGGUCAGGCAUCACAAGGGUAGUUUCUGAAACCACUCAGAUGUUUUGGGGAAAGUUGGAGAGACGCUGGACACUGGGAGAGACAGUUUACAUCAGAACCUGAUGUUUACAUGGGCUGGACAACUGCCAAAAUGCCCUUCGCAAGGACAGUAUGGGUGCUCUGCACCCUCCCCCCACCCCCAAGGGCUCUGCAGCCAUGACCUGAGGAUAUUGACAUAUGGUUCACGGAAUGACAGGCUCCCUUGCUGUCACAAAACUUUGAUCCUUUAAAAAUUCAUAAGUUCCCUUAGGAAGCAAUUGCAAGGUUCAGGAAAUUCUCCCUGAGAUUUGAGUACGUCUGAGCGAUCCCUCUCCAGUCAGGAUAGGGGUUUCCCCUUUAUCUCUGCCCCCAGACACCUAGGCUAUCAGCCACUGGGGACAAGGAGCCUCCUGUCUGCUGGGGCAGCCGUUCCCACUGCUGGAGGUUUUUCCCUGUGGAUGGAGGCAGACCAUUCCUUGUGUAAUGCCCCCUCCCUGGUCGGUCCAAGGCCCAGCCUUUGAGGAUACUCAGAAUAAAGCCCUCAGGUUCCAAGGUUCCCUUUGGGUAGGAGGGAUACAUGGUUUCCCCACGAUCCUUUUUCCCUCUGGGCUGAACCUAGCAGUACCCCAGCUAAAGGGAGUCACUUAGUAGCAAAAUGAACGCCCCAGCUUGGGGAACCCAGAGAGGACCGGGGGUGAAUGUAAGCCUUGGGCUUAGAGUCAGAGCUAGGAAGGUCAGUCUGCCUCCCUGGUGUCAACAAAAAAUUCAUCUAUCUAAGAAAGAAUUGGAAGACUGUAUUUGAGCCAAAUGUUAGGACUAUAAUCUGGGAAGAGCAUCUCAGAAAGCUCUGAGGACUAUUCCACCCAUUAGAAGUCAAGACACAGUUUAAGUUUUUUUGAGACAGAGGGCUGUACAUUAAAUGACAUAUUAUUGACCGGUUUACAUCAUCCAGAUCUAAGUGCCAUUGUGGUGGGUCAUGUGACCCCUUAUAAGACCAAGAAGCAAUGCCAUGUUUUAAGGAGUUGUCUUGUUGAUGCUAUGAGUACAUGACUGGUUGAGCUGGUGUUCCUGCUGAUGAAAGUCUGGUUUGAUGCAUAAUACAGAUACACAAUGUAGUGGGGGGAAGAGGGGAAGCCAGAUGGCAGAGAAGAAUUCUUAUGUUUAAAUUUCUCUUGCCUUGCCAUAAAAGAUGAAUUUUAUUUCACAGCUUGUCACACUCAGGGGCAGUCUAGGGCCUCCUCUCCACCACAGGCAGCCAGCCCGAAGCCCGGCUCUGACUGUGUCUGCCUUGGGGGCUGGAGGGAGGUGACCUCGCCCGCCCCACCUCCAGGACUCCAGCCCACACCCAGAUCUCACAAUCAGCCGGGCCACUGAACUAGCCGCUGCCUGUCACGUGGUCCACCUGAGAGCCAGAGAGCGUUUCCCUGCCCUGCCUGCCCAGCAACGAGGGAUCCUGCCUUCACUUCUGGUCAUUCUGAUGUCCAGGUGGGCAGAUGGACAAGGCCCCAGAUGCCUAGAAUUGCAAUUCCCAGGCUCUGAGGAGCCAGCCCACACGUGCUCACCCCUCUUCCUGAACAGUUGUAGUCAGGGAGUGACAGUAAGUGAUGUGUAUUGCGGAAACUAUUGCAUCAAAGAAAAUCCGUUGUUUCCCAAGGCCGUCCUAUAGGUUGCAAGCUACUGUAAGGUUCUUAGAAUCUCUAAGGUCAGGGUCAGUCCCUAAGCGAGAACAAGGGACUGAAUCUCCAGAGCAUCGCUCCAGCCACAAGAGCCUAAAGAAGGUGUCUUAGAUGUCCUCUCUGUCUGUGGUCACUGGGACCUGAUUUUAAAUAAAAAUCUAUGCAGAGAUGAGAGGUGGCUCUGAUCAAAGUUCCUUGGGUACCUUCUCUCCUCCACCCAUUCCUUGACCCUCCCUGUCCUCUAACAUGUAGCAGUGGGGGAAGUGCAAGGUAGGAGGUGCUGGGGCCAGGAUAAGUAGGGGAAGGGAUUCACAGUCAGGGCCUGAGAGAAAAGCUAUAAUGUGUCAGUACCCUUGACUGGGCUUCCCAGGUGACUCAGUGGUAAGGAACCUGCCUGCCAAUGCAGGAGACGAAAGAGAGGCAGGUUUGAUCCCUGGGUCAGGAAGAUCCCCUGGAGUAGGAAAUGACAACCCACUCCAGUAUUCUUGCCUGGAGAAUCCCAUGGACAGAGGAGCCUGUCGGGCUACAGUCCAUGGGGUCACAAAGAGUUGGACACGACUGAACACGCACCCUUGACUGGAAGUCGAAGAGAACAUAUCGAAAGCGUCAAGGGAAGCUCCUUGGACCUUAGGGAGAAGGUGGCCAAGCCCACCUUGGGCUCCUACACCCCACCCCUCUGGGAUCCCAUAACCAGGUCAGUGAGCAAAGUCAUUCUUGUGUCAGAUCAUGCUCUGUGCUACCUAAACCUAACCCCUAAUCCGGGGACUGGCAGAAAGUCCAGAGGGCAUGGUCAACUCUAGCCAGGUGGUUUGAGAGGGCUUCCUGGAGGAGGUGCCUUUUAAGUUCUACCUAAACAUGACCUGCAAAUAUCCCAAAGAGGCAGACGGGGGAUGGCAAAUGCCAAGGUCCUCAGGUGGGAAUCCUGGCCCCAGGGUUCAGGAAGCACACUCCCUGGUAGAGCUUAGUGAUCAGGGCAGAGAGGAAAGGGAGGUAACAGGGCAGCAACCGGGUCAGAUCCUGGAGGGCCUGGUGGGCCAUUGUAAGGCCCUUAGAUUUUAUCACAAGUAUGGUUAAGAACACAGUCUGCAUUUCUUUCUGUUUUCCUCCUAUUAGAACAAUAAACAUCCUGGUAUUAUCUCAGCCAUGGGCAUGAAAGGCAAACGAGGGGCCUCACAGGUUGUUUUGACCUACUUCAGAGGGAAGCCGGGGAAGGAGGCAGUAGUAGCUGGUAGCCAGGAAGCAAUUGGAUGUGUUUUCUCAGAAGGAGCAGAGAACUGAGACCACAUUCCCGGUUAACAUCGCAACAGCGGGGCACCCUCGGCUGAUGUCACCGCAGGGGGAGGAGGGGGGGGGGGUAAGGAGUCUGUCCAGGUUCCUCUUUCUCUGGGUGUCUUCCAGGAGAGGAAAAACCAAGCCAAAAGACCCUGGGGAGGCUAGAGGCAUCUGUGUUUUGGUGUGGGGCAUGGGUCAUCUUAGCGUGAGGCCCACCCUUUCCUCCCUAGCCCUCCAGCACUUGCCUCUGUCUCAUUUCAUUACUCUGGCUGCUGAUACAGCAAAGGGGAUGGGCCCAUCAGACUUCAGCCUCCAGCCCAAAGCAGUUCCCAGCUCCUUGGCCUCUGGGAAAGCUCUCAAGGGCUUUCAGCUUCAGUUUCCUAAUCUGCAAAAUGGGCAUAAUAAUUAUUUUUCAAGUGGCUUAGAUGGUAAAGAAUCUGCUUGCAAUG